AUGAUCCCCCAUUUCCCACCCAGCUGGAGUUUUGGCAGGGGCGUGGACGGCCAGAACAGCACAGAGGUCUCCUUCGUCCUGCUCGGGCUCUCCCAGUACCCACGGGCUCAGACCGCCUUCUUCUGCCUGCUCCUCCUGUCCUACACCAUCACCCUUUUGGGGAACGGCCUCAUCCUGCUCCUGAUCUGCUCCGAUCGCCGGCUCCACACGCCCAUGUACUUCUUCCUCAGCAACCUGUCCUUCCUGGACGUGGGCUACACCACAGCCAGCGUGCCCCAGGUGCUCGUCAACUGCUUGGUGAGCGUUCCUGUCAUCUCGCUAGGACGGUGCUUGGCCCAGAUGGUCGUGGGACUCUAUCUGGGUGUCGUGGAGUGUCUCCUGCUGGCUGCCAUGGCCUACGAUCGCUGUGUGGCCAUCGUGGACCCCCUGCGCUACCCUGUGCGCAUGGGGUCCCGGUUGUGCAGCCUGCUGGCCGGGACCUCGUGGACGGCGGCAUUCCUGCUGACCGUGGUCCCCGUGAUGACCAUGCCCUUGGAGUUCUGUGGCCGCCAGGUCAUCAAUCACUUCUCGUGCGAGUUCCUGGCCCUGCUCAAGCUGGCCUGCUCUGACCUGCAGUUCUAUGAGUCGCUCAUGGUGGGCACCAGUGCUCUGACCCUGCUGGCUCCCUUUGCCUCCAUUGUGGCCUCCUAUGGAAGGAUCCUGCCUAUGGUGUCCUCCAUGAUCUUGCUCUUGACUACCGACUUUGUCUAA